CGCGGCGGCACCGGUGGGAGCAGGGCGCGGGGAUCGGAGUGCGGCUGUCGGGGAGACGGGCGGCUGAGGUUUCGCACCUGGGGCGGCGGAGGACGCAGACGUUGUCGGUUGGGUGCGAGUCCGCUGAGCGGAGGAGUAGCUUCUGAGGCAUCUCCUGCAGAUCGGAGCCCCGGAGCCAGGACCCGCUCAGCCGGCGUCACCAUGACCAAGGCCGGGAGCAAGGGCGGGAAUCUCCGCGACAAGCUGGACGGCAACGAGCUGGACCUGAGCCUCAGCGACCUGAAUGAGGUCCCGGUCAAGGAGCUGGCUGCCCUUCCAAAGGCCACCAUACUGGAUCUGUCCUGCAAUAAGCUGACUACUCUACCGUCGGACUUCUGUGGCCUCACACACCUGGUGAAGCUGGACCUGAGCAAGAACAAACUGCAGCAACUGCCGGCUGACUUUGGCCGUCUGGUCAACCUCCAGCACCUGGACCUCCUCAACAACAGACUGGUCACCCUGCCUGUCAGCUUCGCUCAGCUCAAGAGCCUGAAGUGGCUGGACCUGAAGGAUAACCCCCUGGAUCCUGUCCUGGCCAAAGUGGCAGGGGACUGCUUGGAUGAGAAGCAGUGUAAGCAGUGCGCCAGCAAGGUGUUACAGCACAUGAAGUCGGUGCAGGCGGACCAGGAACGAGAGAGGCAGCGGCGGCUGGAAGUAGAACGAGAGGCUGAGAAGAAGCGGGAGGCCAAGCAGCGAGCCAAGGAGGCUCAGGAGCGGGAACUGCGGAAGCGGGAGAAGGCAGAAGAGAAGGAGCGCCGGAGAAAGGAGUACGAUGCCCUCAAAGCAUCCAAACGUGAGCAGGAGAAGAAACCUAAGAAGGAAACAAAUCAGGCCCCGAAAUCCAAGUCCGGCUCUCGGUCCCGUAAGCCACCACCCCGGAAACACACCCGGUCCUGGGCUGUGCUGAAGCUGCUGCUGCUGCUGCUGCUGUGUGUGGCUGGUGGGCUGCUGGUUUGCCGGGUGACAGAGCUGCAACAGCAGCCCGUCUGCACCAGCGUGAACACCAUCUACGAUAAUGCGGUUCAGGGUCUGCGCAGCCACCAUAUCCUCCAGUGGGUCCUGCAGACCGAUUCUCAGCAGUGAGCUUGUCCUCAACACCUGCUGCCUCCCGGCCUUGGAGCUUGGAUUCCUAUGGAAUUGGGUUCUGCUGGACACAACCUCUUUUUAGCAUCAGACCUACCUGCCGUCAUUAAAUGGCUGCUGAUUGGUACUUGA